ACGAUUACUUUAUGCUAUUGAGUGUACCAACUACCAGUAAACGAGUGACCAUAGUUGGUGGUGUGAGUACUUACGACAUCUGCGACAGACUGGUUCUCAGUAUUCACUCAGCAUCCUGCAUUAAGUCUUGUGUUCGGUUUUGUGCAGAGAUAAAUAAUAAUGGGUUCAUUCGCAGUGUUGGUGACAGUCUUCGCUGUUGUAGUAAUUUCAAGCACAGAAGCGGCUGGGAAUUGCCCCUUGCCGUCCAAGGUGUACGGCUGCAGCCCCAAGUGCGUCCAGGACUACGAGUGCACCAACGGGAAGGUGUGCUGUCCCAACGCAUGCAACUCCAAAUCCUGCGCCGAGUCUGCUGCCAACGGUAGUGGAACCGGCUCCAGCAGCAAAUACUCUGGCGGCACCGGCGUGUAUUGUGACAAUGUGAAGUGCAGUUCUCAAGAGAUAUGUAAGCGAGACCCGGUCACCAAGCGGAAUAAGUGCAGCCGCGCCUAAUUACUCCAUUAAUCUAUUUACUCUGAUAGCUAUAUAACUACAAUAUUAUAAUAAAUAUAAGUAUAAAUAAUGUAAUAAUAUUUUUUAAAAUUAAAUGCGUCAUUAUCAUAAAAUAUAUUUAUCAAA